GCGUGCGUAAGACUCAAGCAUCCCCGAUACUGAGGCCUUCUCCCACACGGUGGCACUGCUGGGAGCGUUGCCACUGGCUCCUCGGUGCCAGGGAUUAUUAUCGGCCGAGAGAACGAUUUUCCUUUUAAAGGUUAUACACUCUCAGCGAGAAACAAGAGUGCCCAAAGAGACACAUGAUCUUAUAGAUCCACAAGUGCUCUAGAAUCUGGAAGCUGCAUGAAACUUGCAUCCCGAGCGCGUCGUGUCGUGUGACCCGAUGAGAAGGCUGCACGACCAUCCCUCUGAUGCUUGGCUGCGACGACCCCGAGUGUUCCCCCACUACUGCCUUUCCCAGGACCCCCGCGAGCGCAUUCCUGUGAGUCCCUCCCGGCAUGGCCCGCCCCGCAAGUCCUUGUCGCUCCGCCGUCGUGAGAUCCUUCCAAGAGUUCUCUUCGCCGCGUGAUCCUCGAACGGAAGGAAGAGUCUAGCAAGGACAUCCUCCUUACUCAAGAAAAAUCCUACCCUUUCUCCUUCAGCAAUACGUAUAGUCUGCCAGACGAAAGGCUCUUAAAAGAGUUUUGGCGUCACAAGGGAGUCCUGCAGGACCUCGUCGUUCUGUGCUCCCCUCCCCCGUACCGCGUCCGUCAAGAUUUGUAUACUGAAUGAAGUCCCACCGCACGACAAUGUGACAUAAGGCCUACCGCGUGUUGUGGGCGUCGAGGCGCGCUCAGGCCUCCUCCAACACCCCAACCAUCACCACCACCACCAUCACCGCCACGCCCCCAGCCACAGCCUCCGUCGAAGAAGACAACGCAGACCCCAAGAGACGCGAGAGCAAGGGCGCCAGCGAGAGCUGCAUCAGCCCCGCCGCGGCCGCCGCGAGCAGCCCCGGUUCGAACACGAGCCCCACGAGCACCACCACCGCCACAAUCUCUCACACGGUGAAAAUGCUAAGUCCCAAAAUGCAGCGCACGAUCAGGAUUAACGAGAACCAGGUGCUCAUGCUGGCGGAGAAGGCGAGGCAUGACCACAACUACUCCGGCUACCUCUACAAGCGAUCCUCAGACUCCAACAAGUGGCAACUCCGAUGGUUUACACUUUACCAGAACCUGCUCUUCUACUCCGAAGGGGAAUCGAGCGUAAAACCUUCAGGUGUGAUAAUGCUCGAGGGUUGCUACUGCGAGCGACUCAUCACCACCAACACCAACACGAAGAAUAAGGACACGGACAAACAGUUCUGCUUCGCCAUCACCUACCGCCGUGAGAACCAGCGACAGUAUGACCUGAAGGCGGAGACAGAGGGCGAAUGUAAGGCCUGGAUCGACGUCAUCCGACAGGCGUCCUUCAACAAACUCCUGCUGCAGAAGGAAGAGCUGGAGCAGAAGCACUUGCACCUUCUGCAGAUCGUGGAGAGCGAGAAGACGGCCAAAUGGCAGUACACGCAGCAGUGCGAGGAACUCACUUCGGAGAUCAAGAAACUCAGAGCAGAGUUAUGCACGCUGAAGAAGGAGUGGCGGGUGGUUCCCUCCCGGCGGCUGGAGGACCUUCCCGAGGACUCCGAAGAGAUCAAGAAGAUUAAGAAAGUGCAGAGCUUCUUCAGGGGCUGGCUCUGUCGACGGCGGUGGAAGCAGAUCGUCGAGGAGUAUAUCCGCUCUCCACACGCAGAGAGUAUGAGGAAGAGGAACAGCCUGGUGUUCCGAAUGGUCGAAGCGGAGGAAGAAUACGUCGAGCAGCUGAACCUCCUCGUGUCCUGCUUCCUUCGGCCCUUCAAGAUGGCGGCGUCGUCGAAGAAACCUCCCUGCAGCCACGAGGACGUGAACAGCAUCUUCCUGAACUCGGAGACGCUGCUCUUCCUCCACCAGAUCUUCCUCAAAGGACUCUCGGCCAGGAUGGAGAGCUGGCCCACGCUGGUGCUUGGGGACUUGUUCGACAUGCUGCUGCCAAUGCUGAGUAUCUACCAGGAGUACGUGAGGAAUCACCACUACAGCCUGCAGGUCCUGGCUGAGUGCAAGCAGAAUCCUCACUUCGGGGCCUUCCUCAACCGCCUUGAGAACAAACCCAACCUGCAGGGACGCACUCUCGAGACCUUCCUCACGUAUCCAAUGCAUCAGAUCCCACGGUAUAUCAUAACGCUGCACGAGUUACUGGCCCACACCCCACACAACCACGUGGAGCGCAAGAGUCUGGAUCACGCAAGGAUGCAGUUGGAGGAUCUCUCACGCCAGAUGCACGACGAGGUGAGCGAGACGGAGAACAUCCGGAAGAACCUGGCCAUCGAGCGCAUGAUCGUGGAGGGCUGCGACAUCCUGCUGGACGUCAACCAGAUGUUUGUACGUCAGGGUAAGAAGCCGGCAGCCGCCGCCGCUCUCAGUUCCUGCUUCCCGAAGGAGGCCGUCCCCUCCUUCCCGCGCAGGUCCAUCGACUUCCCGCGCAAGACCACCGACCUUUUCACCUCGGAGGACGGGGAGGAGGCAGGAGCGACGCCUCGCUCUCAGCGCUCGCACUCCACCGUGUCCUACAUGUCCCGCGAGCAACAGAUAGCCACUUUUGGCAACCGCCGCCGCCUCUCAUCGCUGCGGCAGAGCUCCAUAGGUGGAAUGAUGCCGGCGGCGGCGGCUGCGGCUGCGGCGGCGGCCAGCAGUUCGGGCUCGGCGGGAGCGUCCAUGGUGCGACACACGCUGAGCCUCGGGGCCUCGCCCCUGUCGCCGCCUCAGCCCGACUCCGGCCGCCGCGCCUCGGACAUCCCCAGGAUCCGUAAGAAGAGUGUGCGCAUCUCUGACGAAUCCUUCGACGAGUGCGAGGAGCUGGCGGCCUCAGGCAGCUCCUCCCAGCUUGGCCCCCCGUUCACCCUCGGCCACGCCCAAUUCCUCGCCGAGGAUCAGGAAGCUGGCGGAGGAGCUGGAGGAGCCGCCCGAGCCGCCGGCCUCACGCCCGUGGAGGAGCGCUCGUCUCUCGAUUCCGGGGAAGACCCGCGACAGGCAGCGGCUUCCUGAGAUCAGGCUGAGCGGCGCUCCUCGCGCCCCCCCUCUCGUAGUGCCAGUGUCAGGUGCGGACUACCGCCGACCCUGCCCUGCUGCCCUUGUUGAUCCUCAUGUUGCUGCCAAGCGAUGGCGUCAGGCACCCCACCCCCACCCCACCCCGAGGGCCCAGGCCAG